AGCCCAAGUCGCGGCGCCGGUCGCUCUCCCGUCCCCGCCGACUCCCUCCGAUGGCGGCACCAAGAGGCCCGGGCUGCGGGCGCUGAAGAAGAUGGAGUUGGGGUCUCACUGUGUUGUCCAGGCUGGUCUUGAACUCCUGGGCUAAAAGGAUCCUCCUGCCUUGGAUUCCCAAAGUGCCGGGAUUACAGGUGCCUGACGGAGGACGAGGACGUGCGCGCCAUGCUGCGGGGCUCCCGGCUCCGCAAGAUCCGCUCGCGCACGUGGCACAAGGAGCGACUGUACCGGCUGCAGGAGGACGGUCUGAGCGUGUGGUUCCAGCGGCGCAUCCCGCGCGCGCCAUCGCAGCACAUCUUCUUCGUGCAGCACAUCGAGGCGGUCCGCGAGGGCCACCAGUCCGAGGGCCUGCGGCGCUUCGGGGGUGCCUUCGCGCCGGCGCGCUGCCUCACCAUCGCCUUCAAGGGCCGCCGCAAGAACCUGGACCUGGCGGCGCCCACGGCUGAGGAAGCGCAGCGCUGGGUGCGCGGUCUGACCAAGCUCCGCGCGCGCCUGGACGCCAUGAGCCAGCGCGAGCGGCUAGACCACUGGAUCCAUUCCUAUCUGCACCGGGCUGACUCCAACCAGGACAGCAAGAUGAGCUUCAAGGAGAUCAAGAGCCUGCUGAGAAUGGUCAACGUGGACAUGAACGACAUGUACGCCUACCUCCUCUUCAAGGAGUGUGACCACUCCAACAAUGACCGUCUAGAGGGGGCUGAGAUCGAGGAGUUCCUGCGGCGGCUGCUGAAGCGGCCAGAGCUGGAGGAGAUCUUCCAUCAGUACUCGGGCGAGGACCGCGUGCUGAGUGCCCCUGAGCUGCUGGAGUUCCUGGAGGACCAGGGCGAGGAGGGCGCCACACUGGCCCGCGCCCAGCAGCUCAUUCAGACCUACGAGCUCAACGAGACAGCCAAGCAGCAUGAGCUGAUGACACUGGAUGGCUUCAUGAUGUACCUGUUGUCGCCGGAGGGGGCUGCCUUGGACAACACCCACACGUGUGUGUUCCAGGACAUGAACCAGCCCCUCGCCCACUACUUCAUCUCUUCCUCCCACAACACCUAUCUGACCGACUCCCAGAUCGGGGGGCCCAGCAGCACCGAGGCCUACGUUAGGGCCUUUGCCCAGGGAUGCCGCUGCGUGGAGCUGGACUGCUGGGAGGGGCCAGGAGGGGAACCCGUCAUCUAUCACGGCCAUACCCUCACCUCCAAGAUUCUCUUCCGGGACGUGGUCCAAGCCGUGCGCGACCAUGCCUUCACGCUGUCCCCCUACCCUGUCAUCCUAUCCCUGGAGAACCACUGCGGGCUGGAGCAGCAGGCUGCCAUGGCCCGCCACCUCCGCACCAUCCUGGGGGACAUGCUGGUGACACAGGCGCUGGACUCCCCAAAUCCCGAGGAGCUGCCGUCCCCAGAGCAGCUAAAGGGCCGGGUCCUGGUGAAGGGAAAGAAGCUGCCUGCUGCUCGGAGCGAGGAUGGCCGGGCUCUGUCAGAUCGGGAGGAGGAGGAGGAGGAUGACGAGGAGGAAGAAGAGGAGGUGGAGGCUGCAGCGCAGAGGCGGCUGGCCAAGCAGAUCUCCCCAGAGCUGUCAGCCCUGGCCGUGUACUGCCACGCUACCCGCCUGCGGACCCUGCACCCUGCCCCCAACGCCCUGCAGCCCUGCCAGGUCAGCUCCCUCAGCGAGCGCAAAGCCAAGAAACUCAUUCGGGAGGCAGGGAACAGCUUCGUCAGGCACAAUGCCCGCCAGCUGACCCGCGUGUACCCGCUGGGGCUGCGGAUGAACUCAGCCAACUACAGUCCCCAGGAGAUGUGGAACUCAGGCUGUCAGCUGGUGGCCUUGAACUUCCAGACGCCAGGCUACGAGAUGGACCUCAAUGCCGGGCGCUUCCUGGUCAAUGGGCAGUGUGGCUAUGUCCUGAAACCUGCCUGCCUGCGGCAACCUGACUCGACCUUUGACCCUGAGUACCCGGGACCUCCCAGAACCACUCUCAGCAUCCAGGUGCUGACGGCACAGCAGCUGCCCAAGCUGAAUGCCGAGAAGCCACACUCCAUUGUGGACCCCCUAGUGCGCGUUGAGAUCCAUGGGGUGCCUGCAGACUGUGCCCGGCAGGAGACUGACUACGUGCUCAACAAUGGCUUCAACCCCCGCUGGAGGCAGACCCUGCAGUUCCAGCUGCGGGCUCCAGAGCUGGCACUGGUCCGGUUUGUGGUGGAAGAUUAUGAUGCCACCUCCCCCAAUGACUUUGUGGGCCAGUUUACACUGCCUCUUAGCAGCCUAAAGCAAGGGUACCGCCACAUACACCUGCUUUCCAAGGACGGGGCCUCACUGUCACCAGCCACGCUCUUCAUCCAAAUCCGCAUGCAGCGCUCCUGAGGGCCCAGCUCACUUGCCCUGGGGUUUGCGAGUGCCAGUCCACAUCCCCUGCAGAGCCCUCUCCUCCCCUGGAGUCAGGUGGUGGGAGUACCAGCCCCCCAGCCCACCCACUUGGCUCACUCAGCCCAUUCACCAGGCGCUGGUCUCACCUGGGUGCUGAGGGCUGCCUGGGCCCCUCCUGAAGAAUAGAAAGCUGUUCAUGUGACUUCAGUGAGCUCCAACCCUGGGGCCCUGAGAUGGCCCCAGCUCCUCUUGUUCUCAGCCCACCCCUCAUUGUGACUUAUGAGGAGCCAAGCCUGUUGCUGCCAGGAGACUUGGGGAGCAGGACACUUGUGGGCCCUCAGUUCCCCUCUGUCCUCCCAUGGGCCAUCCCAGCCUCCUUCCCCUAGAGGAGCGCAGUCACUCCACUUGGCCCCCACCCGGGGCUUAGCCCCUAAGCCCUCUUUUACCCCAGGCCUUCCUGGACUCCUCCCUCCAGCUCCAGAACCUGAGCUCCCCUUCCCUUCUCAAAGCAAGAAGGGAGCGCUGAGGUAUGAAGCCCUGGGGAAACUGACGGUAGGUUUUGGUUUUUAUUUUUGAGACAGGGUCUCGCUCUGUCGCCCAGGCUGGAGUGCAAUGUUGCAAUCACGGCUCACUGCAGCUUUGAACUCCCAGGCUCAAGCGAUCCUCCCAUCCCAGCCUCCUGAGUAGCUGGGACUACAGGCACAGGCCACCAAACCUGGCUAAUUUUUAAAUUUAAUGUAGAGACGGGGGGGGGGGUCUCCCUAUGUUGCCCAGGCUGGUCUCGAGCUCCUGACCUCAAGUGAUCCUCCUGCCCCAGCAUUCCAAAGUGCUGGGAUUACAGGUGUGAGCCACUGCCCGGCCUGGCCGUAGGUUUGUAACUGUUUCAUAGAAGAGCCCUGGAGAAGACAGUAGAAUGAGCCUAUCUAGUUUAAAAAAUAAAGAAGCACGUUUAUUUCA